UCGAUCAGGUGAUUUGUCUAAGAACAAUAACAAUAAUAAUAAUUAUUAUUUCUAUAAUAAUUCCUGCUCUGUCUCCAUUAUCUUCCGCCGUCUUCGUGGUGAUGCAUCAAACACGGCUGUGGUGCGUGUGCGCACAACUUUCUCUCCGUGCCUUUUGCGCGCACAUGUGUGCGUGUCCACUGUGAUCUACGUUCCCAUAGCCGGGAAUCACGUCACGUGUCAGGGCUCCCGGGUCCUGAGCCAAGUUUCUUUUUCUUUUUUUCUUUUUUUUUCGUCGUGUCAGACCAUCCACGGACCACGGAGCUUCUGCACAGCCAGACACUUGGCUCCGGCAGGCGCGCAUCUCCAGCUCCGCGCUGCGUAACCAACAUCUCGGCGACAAUGGACGGGCGGAUGGAUGCGUGGCUGUGGAGAAAAGAUCUUUUUGUUUAGAGAAACACUUUGACCCUGCCUCUGAUUAAGUCAAGUGUUUUUUUUAAACUGGUUUUGGAUUAUCUCCAAUCGGCGGACAACCCACUGAACUGGGGCUGUAUUUUUUGAGGAUAAGACGGGGAAAAAGGGAGAAGGAAACCGCGGGUCGUUGAGAUCGACUGGGUGCGCUGGGAACACGGGAAGUCGCGGAUCAUGCUUAUGGGAACUUCUGAUUCCAUCACAAUAAGAGUGGCUCUGCCUGAUGCUCUAUCAUGACUGAUGGCGAGGGGAGAGUGCGCUUUCAGUACCCAGAGUGCGACGAAGGGCAGGAGCAGGAGGUUCACGAGGAGGUGAGGCUUGCCAUUUCUACGGCCUACAGGGAGGAGGUUCCGGGUCGUGUUGUUGACCCCGGUGGGGGCCACGAUGACAGUGUGGAGGAGGAAGAAGAGGAGGUUGACAGAAGAAGUAGAAGGGAUGGGAGAAGGAGCGGCGAUCAGGGAGAACAAGGAAGUAAAUGGAGUCCUGAGGUUCAGGAACAUGAACUGGAGCUGGAGGUGGAAGCUGGACCCACGCUGGCCGUCCGAAUCACAGCGCCCAUUCGUGACCCAGACUGCGUGUCGGAGGAGGAGGAGCAGCAGCCGUACCCGGCCCUGUCACCUGUGGCGUUCUUCUGCUUGAAGCAAACAACGCGGCCUCGGAACUGGUGUCUCCGCGUGGUCUGUAACCCGUGGUUUGAACACGUGUCCAUGCUGGUGAUCCUGCUCAACUGUGUGACUCUGGGGAUGUUCCAGCCCUGUGAGGAUGUGACCUGUCAGUCAGAGUGGUGCAGAAUCCUGCAGGCGUUGGAUGACUGUAUUUUCGUGUUCUUCGCUGUGGAAAUGGUCAUCAAGAUGGUGGCCCUGGGAAUCUUCGGGCCCAACUGUUACCUUGGAGACAAAUGGAACCAACUCGACUUUGUCAUCGUCAUGGCAGGGAUGUUGGAGUACUCUCUGGACGGCCACAACGCCAGUCUGUCGGCCAUCCGUACCGUCAGAGUGCUCAGGCCUCUGCGGGCCAUCAACAGAGUUCCGAGUAUGCGGAUCCUGGUGACUCUGCUGUUGGACACGCUGCCCAUGUUGGGAAACGUCCUCCUCCUCUGCUUCUUUGUCUUUUUCAUCUUCGGCAUCGUGGGAGUCCAGCUGUGGGCGGGGCUUCUGCGCAACCGCUGCUUCUUGGGGGAGGAUAUAAGAACAACCUACAACCUGUCCAUAAGUUCCUACUACAUGUCAGAAGACGGUGAAGACAGCCCGUUUAUCUGCUCGGCAGCCCGUGAGAACGGGAUGCUACGCUGCCACGAAGUUCCUCCCUACUCCGAGGACGGGAAGGAUUGUUCACUGGAAGCUCCUCGUCAGAAUACGGCUUUAAUUGGCCUGUCCCCCGUGGUGGGAGGAGCCAGUGUUAAUGGCUGCGUUAACUGGAACCAGUACUACAAUGUGUGCCGGCCGGGGAACUUCAACCCUCACAAGGGUGCCGUCAACUUUGACAACAUUGGCUACGCCUGGAUAGCCAUAUUCCAGGUCAUCACACUGGAAGGAUGGGUCGAUAUCAUGUACUACGUCAUGGACGCACACUCCUUCUACAAUUUUAUAUAUUUUAUAUUGCUUAUUAUUGUUGGUUCUUUCUUCAUGAUCAACUUGUGCCUCGUGGUCAUCGCCACCCAGUUCUCGGAGACGAAGCAGAGAGAAAACGCCCUGAUGAGGGAGCAGCGCGCCCGCUACAUGUCCAACGACUCCACCCUCGCCAGUUACAGUGAACCGGGCUCCUGCUACGAGGAGCUGCUACGCUACAUUAGCCACCUUUAUCGCAAGUUCACCCGCAGAGUGCAGAGGAUAUACUCUGGAUGGCACAACAAAUGGCGUAAAAAGGUGAACCCUAAUGGCAGCGGUGGAGGCCCUAAUGGUAGCGGUAAUGGACACGGCCACAGCUCCAGCAGAGGCUGCGGAGGCUCAGGUCCUAACAGCGCGUUAUGGCUGAGGCCCAUCCACAACCUGCUGCAGCACCACCAGCACCAGCACUGUCGCCUCAGCAACGGUGGGCAGCACACCAUCAGUGCGGGAACCACGGAGCACACGGACGGCGAGCCUGGCACGUGCCAGGGGGAGGAGCUCGAGAUGAAAUCACUUCCUGUCCAGCGGGGGAGUACAAAUGAAAACAACUGUGGAAGUGGCGGAGGCAGCAGCAGCGCGCCUGUGGUCACCCAUCGUAUGGGGAUACUACUGGGGCGGCUGAACGGGGGCAUGAACUAUCCCACCAUCCUGCCCUCUUUUGUGUGCAGCUACAGCAGCAAGACGCCGCCCCCUCAUUCACAGCAGGGCGGCUCGAGUCCAGAGCAGCAUCCGCCAAAUCAUCCGGCGUCUGAACACACGGAGACUCUGAACAGGCUCUACCAGCUCAUGGGGCAGCACAGUCGCCAGAGGCUGCUGUACCAGCUGGCAGGCGUGGUGCCCAGUCCUCUGCUGCUGGAGUUGCUCAGCUGCUCACUGUGUGCCCGCAGCCUGGAGACCCUGGAGCUGGAGCUGGGCGACUUUGAGGGGGGCAGAGGGGGAGAGUCGGACGGGCUUCAUGACUUCCCCCAGGGGGCAGAGCUGAGAGGUGGAAGAGGUCGGAGCAGGCGGAGAGGAGUGGUGGAGUACAAGAACGGCGUUUUCCGAGCCUGGUUCAACUUCAAGGAAAAACUAAAGAGGAUUGUUGAGAGUAAAUACUUCAACCGGGGCAUCAUGAUCGCCAUCCUGGUCAAUACUCUCAGCAUGGGGAUAGAGUACCACGAGCAGCCUGAAGAGCUGACUGAUGUGUUGGAGAUCAGUAACAUUGUUUUCACCAGUAUGUUUGUCCUGGAGAUGGCCUUCAUGAUCCUGGCUUUUGGCCUGUUUGGCUACAUCAGGAAUCCAUACAACAUUUUUGAUAGCAUCAUCGUUAUCAUAAGUGUGUGGGAAAUCAUUGGCCAGUCGGACGGCGGGCUGUCGGUCCUGCGAACGUUCCGGCUGCUGCGGGUCCUGAAGCUGGUCCGUUUCCUUCCCGCCCUGAGGAGACAGUUGGUGGUGCUGAUGAAGACCAUGGACAACGUGGCCACCUUUUGUAUGCUGCUAAUGCUCUUCAUCUUCACCUUCAGUAUAUUAGGAAUGCAUCUGUUUGGGUGUAAGUUCAGUGUCCAGAUGAAGAAUGGAGACACCAUACCUGACCGCAAGAACUUUGACUCUCUGCUCUGGGCCAUUGUGACUGUAUUCCAGAUUCUGACUCAGGAGGACUGGAAUGUGGUGCUGUACAACGGCAUGGCCUCCACCUCUCCCUGGGCCGCUCUCUACUUCGUGGCGCUCAUGACAUUUGGCAACUACGUGCUCUUCAAUUUGCUGGUAGCCAUCUUGGUCGAGGGCUUCCAAGCGGAGGGUGAUGCCAAUCGGUCGGAGUCAGAUGAUGAGAAGAAAUCAGACAAUUUUGAGGAGGAUGAAAAGGUGGAGCAGCUCAGAGAAACCGAGCUAAAAAUGUACUCACUGAUGAUGACGGCUAACGGUCAUGUCGAUCCACGAGGCUCAGUAGCCCCUCCCAUCAUUAUGCGAACAGCAGCUACACCCAUGCCCACUCCCAAGGGUUCUCUCGGCCCAGACUCCAUCCUGGGCGAGGAUCUUGUGGGAACAAAUCCCUUUGGAGAGGCAGGACUGGGAUUUUCUGAGUCGGGGAGUGGGUCUCGCCGUGGCAGCUCCGCCUCCAUGGACCCUUCAGCCUAUGACCAGUAUUCUCUGAGCCUCUCUAGUCCUGGCCGACGGUCCCCUCUUCCUCCCCGUGGGCCGGGAAGUUCCUGGGGAAGUCGCCGCUCCAGCUGGAACAGCCUGGGAAGAGCGCCCAGCCUCAAGAGACGAGACACCAGUGGAGAGAGGGAGAGUCUGUUAUCUGGAGAAGGGGCAGAAGAAGAAGAGGUGGUGGGGGAGCAGGGGGAGAAUAGUGGGAGCAACAGGUUACGACCCGGCGCCUUUGAGGUGCUGCAGGCGUCCACACUCAUGCCGACCAUCAUGGCUGAGUACGGCGACUGUAACGGAAGGUCCAUAACCUACAACCCCAACGUGCAAUCCACAGACAGCAAGGACGACUCCGCACCAGAAGAUGACAUGGAUGAUGAUAACUCUUUUUGUUACUGGAUCAAGAAGGAGCUCCGUAACAUGAAGCCUCACUGGUGCAAAGAACACGAAGAAUGGUCGCUGUAUCUGUUCUCCCCAGAAAACCAAUUCCGUAUAAGGUGCCAAGCUGUGAUCUCCCACAAAAUGUUUGACCAUGUGGUCCUGGUUUUCAUCUUUCUCAACUGCAUCACCAUCGCACUCGAAAGACCCGACAUCCCUUCCAACAGCAAGGAGCGAGUCUUUCUCAGUGUGUCCAACUAUGUUUUCACUGUGAUUUUCAUGGCAGAGAUGUUCAUUAAGGUUGUAGCUCUGGGUUUCUGCUUUGGAAAUCAGAGCUACCUCCAAUCCAGCUGGAACGUUCUGGAUGGUGUGUUAGUCUUUGUGUCUCUGAUUGACAUCCUGGUCUCUCUGGCCUACACCGGCGGGAACAGGAUCCUGGGCAUCCUCAGAGUCCUGCGCCUGCUGCGAACACUACGUCCUCUCAGGGUUAUCAGUCGAGCCCCAGGGUUGAAGCUGGUUGUAGAAACUCUCAUCACCUCUCUUAGACCUAUAGGGAACAUUGUCCUAAUCUGCUGCGCAUUUUUUAUUGUCUUUGGAAUCUUGGGGGUUCAGCUCUUCAAAGGGAAGUUCUACCACUGUGAAGGUCUGGACACUAAAAACGUCACCAACAAGUCGGACUGUCUGCAGGCCAAUUACCGCUGGAUACGGAGGAAGUACAACUUUGACAACCUGAUCCAGGCCUUGAUGUCAUUGUUUGUGCUGUCGUGUAAGGACGGCUGGGUCAACAUCAUGUACGACGGGCUGGACGCAGUGGGAGUGGACCAACAGCCUGUGAGAAACCACAACCCAUGGAUGCUGCUCUACUUCAUCUCCUUCCUGCUCAUCGUCAGCUUCUUCGUCCUCAACAUGUUUGUCGGCGUGGUGGUGGAGAACUUCCACAAGUGCCGGCAGGACCAGGAGGAGGAGGAGGCCCGCCUCCGGGAGGAGAAAAGGCUCAAAAUGAUAGAGAAAAAGCGCAGGAGUAAGGAGAAUGAAGGGGCUGGUCGGUAGUCUAUUUUUCUGAGCACUGCCUGCUUUCAGAGCCUGAACAAAAAGAACGAGAAUGAAAGAAAAAAAAAAGAGCAAUAGAGAGAGAUUUGCUGAGAAUUCUUCACUGAAAAAAAAAGAGGGCGAGGUUUAAAUGAUUGGCUGGCUCACACCAACGGUGACUGAUCACUGAGACGCCCAGUGGGUUACGCCAAUCAGAUGCAUGAAAAUGCAUGAGUGCAGCUCUCCCACAACACGUUCUCCAACUCUGCAUGGAAAUUCAACAGGGACGAGUCUGUAAACAGGAGAACUGUCACCAAUUUAGGGCAAAGAACAAAAAAGAGCAAGAAUCGACAUUUUGUUGUUUCACUUUGUUAUCUUCGAAAUUCCUUUUCUCCUCACCAGUGCAUGUGCAGCCUUUUUUUUUUCUUUCCCAGAGCAUUUCUGUAAACAGGAACAAACAGCUGACAAUUGUUGUAAACACGCUUUGACUGGCAGACUCAGAAACAUAGCAGACAUCUUGGCUGCUAUCUGUGUAAAUACCUGGUAUUUGACAGCAAUUAGAAUACUGGGCUUUUUUAGACACCAGUGGGUUUUAAUAAGCUGCACACACCACCUACUGCAAAGCAAACAAAUGAUUAUUAUUUAUUUAUUUACUUGUUUUCAAGGAAGAGAUGUGAGUGAAGAAGGUGGGGGACGGUUGAAAAAAAAAGGCGAUUUGAAUUGUGUUUAGGAACUUGGACGACGGGGCAGCAUGUGGUGUCUGCAGGAGUUCAUGACUUCCAUUUCUUUCCAUUCCAAUGAAAAAUCAUGAAAACUACAGAUAAUUAGUAUAUUAAUUAUAUUAAUUAGUAUAUAUAAGUAAUCCUAUGGAAAUGUCUCAGAUUUGAAUGACCACAAAUAUCCAGUCUGACAUGGUGAUAGGGAAUUCAUGUAGUUACAUCACUGAGGGUGAGAACGGCUUCUGCAUUUAUUCAACACAACAAAUUAUUUUGGACUUUGUGACAUCAGUGCUCAGGAAAUAUGUUCAAAUUUUAUAUAUAUAUAUAUCUUGGAUUA